GAGGCGGAGCGGCGCGAAGAUGGCGGCGGAGCCGGGCCCGGGCCCGGACAAGGAGCUGGACGAGCUGCUCGACAGUGCCCUCGAUGACUUCGAGAAGGCCAGGCCCGCCGCCCCGCCGCCACCGCCCGCCGCCGGCGAUGCCGGCGCCUCCGAGAAGUCUCCGAGCGACGCGGCCAAGGAAUCGCUCUUCGCCUCCCAGGAGAAGUUUUUCCAGGACUUGUUUGACAGCGAACUGGCCUCGCAGGCCACAGCGGAGUUCGAGAAAGCCAUGAAGGAGCUGGCCGAGGAGGAGCCGCACUUGGUGGAGCAGUUCCAGAAACUCUCGGAGGCAGCGGGCAGAGUCGGGAGCGACACGGCGUCCCAACAGGAGUUCACAUCCUGCCUCAAGGAGACGCUUAGCGGCUUGGCCAAGAAUGCCAACGACCUGCAGAACUCGAGCGUGUCGGAGGAAGAACUGGCCAAAGCCAUAGAGGGGCUGGGGCUGGAGGAGGGCGACGGUGAGGGCAACAUCCUGCCCAUCAUGCAGAACAUCAUGCAGAACCUGCUGUCCAAAGAAGUGCUCUACCCCUCUCUCAAGGAGAUCACGGAGAAGUACCCCGAGUGGCUGCGGCUCCACCGCGACUCUUUGCCCGCGGAGCAGUACGAGAAAUACCAGGAGCAGCACAACAUCAUGGGCAAAAUCUGCCAGCAGUUCGAGGCCGAACGGCCGACAGACGGCGACGCCGAGCAGAAAGCGCGCUUUGAGCUGGUCUUGGACCUCAUGCAGCAGCUGCAGGACCUGGGGCACCCUCCCAAGGAGCUGGCUGGGGAGUCGCCCCCCGGCCUCAACCUUGACCUGGAGGGCCUGAGCCUGCCGGACGCGGCGAGCGCCGGGGGCGAGCAGUGUCGCCUCAUGUGACUCCGACGACGGCCUCCCCGCCCCCUGCCCCGGGGGGGUUCGUUAACAUGUAAUUAAACAUCCCCCCCCCCCCGCCUAAAAAACGCGCCGGCUUAUGGCGGCGAAGGUGGAGGCCGGCGGGAGAGCGCGGCGCGCCGGGCCCGAGCGGGGCUCCGCCGCCGCCGCUGUCCCCACGGGGGGGACGAGGCUGGGGCUGGGGCGUGCGUGUGUGU